AGCGGUGGUUAAAAGGACAAGCAAGAGCUACCAUUAUUAUUUGUCACAUGCAAAACAGACACGUUAACAUGAGAGGCUUCUGCGGCAACAUAAGGGUGGUUCUAUCUGCCUCCGGUGGCAAGUCUGCUCAGGAAGCUCAGCAAGAGUAGGAAGAAUGGGUGUAGACUACUACAAGGUACUGCAGGUAGACAGGAAUGCCAAGGACGACGAUCUCAAGAAGGCCUACAGAAAGCUGGCCAUGAAAUGGCAUCCCGACAAGAACCCCACGAACAAGAAGGAGGCAGAAGCCAAAUUCAAGAUGAUAUCCGAAGCCUACGAGGUUUUGAGCGACGCACAGAAACGUGCGGUCUAUGAUCAAUUCGGCGAAGAAGGGUUGAAGGGGCAGGUUCCGCCGCAGGGGCCCUCUGGAUUCUCGGCGUCGUCGGAUUCUGGCGGGCCCAACGCGUUCAGAUUCAAUCCGAGAAGUGCAGAGGAUAUCUUCUCCGAGUUCUUUGGGUUUUCAAGCCCGUUUGGGGCAAUGGGUGAUAUGGGUUCGCGAGGUGCUGGCGGGAGGUUCCCUAGAAGCGUUUUUGGAGAAGAUAUUUUCUCAUCAUAUGGCGGAGGAGAAGGUUCAGGAAAUGUGCCUAGAAAAGGUCCUCCAAUUGAGAAGACUCUCGUUUGUAGCCUGGAGGAGCUUUACAAAGGGACCACCAAGAAGAUGAAGAUUUCUAGGGAUGUUCUGGAUUCAAAUGGGAGGCCAGCUACGGUCGAGGAAAUCUUGACAAUUGAGAUAAAGCCUGGUUGGAAGAAAGGUACAAAGAUUACUUUCCCUGAGAAAGGAAAUGAGCAGAAAAAUAUGAUCCCAUCUGAUCUGGUCUUCAUCAUUGAUGAGAAGCCCCAUGCCACAUUCAAGCGAGAUGGCAACGAUUUGGUGAUGACUCAGAAGGUGUCACUUGUAGAGGCUCUUACUGGAUAUACGGUCCAAUUGACAACAUUAGAUGGUCGGUCUCUCACUGUCCCCAUCAAUUCUGUAAUUAGUCCUGGGUAUGAAGAGAUCGUUCGAGGUGAAGGAAUGCCUAUCCCUAAGGAACCCACAAAGAAAGGCAACCUAAGAAUCAAGUUCAAUAUCAAGUUUCCUUCCAGGCUUACUGCAGAGCAGAAGGCGGGUAUCAAACGAUUGCUUUCAUCAUCUUGAGUGCCAUAAUGUUCCUCUCCUAUGUUUGAUUUCCAUGCAUUUUCUCCUUAUUUUUAUUAGUUGGGAUUUCUAUUAGCAGUUUUUUUUUUUAUAUUUUCACUAUCUUUUCUUUUCUAUCUUUGAAUUUGUAAAGUACAAAGAUUAAAUGCCUAAAAAAUCUUUGUGUAUGCCUUUUGGUUUA